AUGCCCGGUAUGAAGAAAAAACAACAACGAAAACGAAACUCUCGUACAAGUAAAACAGUGGAAAAACAAUUAUCACGAAAAUCGAACUACCGUUCGUCGAAUAUAGUAACGAAAAAUUUUGAAAUAUUUGUAACGGAUUUUCUUAUCGACCCAUGUGGCUUACCAGUUGAAUUAAGAGAUUGCGCUUUAGUUGAUGGCACAGCAUCAUUAGAGGACGUAUCAGAUAAUUGUUUAUCGAAUGAUUAUCAAGUUCUUAAAAAGAUCUUUGGUAAUAAUGAAGAAAUUAUGAAAAACUCAGUUUCCUUAGUUGUUGAGGAUUCAUCAAAAAAAGCAAAUGACAGCGAACAUAUAGCAAAUAUUUGA